AUGUUCAAAUUUAUCGCAGUUUGCUUCUUCGCUGUCAUCGCUUUGGCUGCAGCUAAACCAGGUUUACUAGGCGCUCCACUUGCAGCUCCACUUGCUGCAGCACCAUUGGCAUAUAGCGCGGCUUACAGUUCACCACUAGCUUACUCUGCACCACUUGCUGCACCAUUUGCUGCACCACUUGCCGCACAAGUAGCUGCUCCACUCGCUGCACCAGUUGUUGGUAGUGCUGCUUAUGUUGCUCCAUAUGCUUCCACUGCUUAUUCUGCUGCACCUGUUGUAGCUGCUCCUGCUGUUGCUGCUACCCAAUUUGCCGCACCAGUUACUGCUCGUCUAGCUGCUGCACCUUUGGCUACACCAUUCGCUGCUCCACUUGCCGCUGCUCCAUUCGCUGCACCAGCUCCUUUACUCUUCAAGUAA